GUUGGUAUGGUCAAGGUACUCAGUUACCUUACCUUAUCGUCACCACCUUCACCAAGUUGCAUUACAUGACGGCUUUCUCGCUAAAAAGGGAAAAAAAAGGGGGAAAAAAGGGAAAACAAAAAUUAUUAAUGCAAACCUAGCUCACGUGGUUUACCAAGCCAAGCGACGCCACUCGCUACGUUGACUGCGACGACAACCCCUCGCAACCGACUGUCGCUGGUGUGAAUUGUCAUACAUACCUAUCCCAACGCAACCAUCGGAUGCUUCCAACAUAAGCCGUCUUAUAGACUAUUCAAGGCCAUCAUCGGCCGCACAGUCUGUCAAUUCAUUCCAUCCUAUCCAGCGACGCAAUAAUGGAUCGCAUCAAGAGCCUCUUUGCUCGUUACAAGCCGGUUCGGAACGAGGCCGAGUAUGAACCGCUCACCGAGGACGGCGUGGGCCGCAGGUCCGAUGCCGAAACUGUUCUGGCCCCCGAAGAUGGCAGUGAGGUUCCGUUUUCCUGGGUAGAGUACUUCAUCUUUGCCAUGGUCGGCGUCGCCAUGUUAUGGGCUUGGAACAUGUUCAUGGCUGCGGCCCCAUACUUUCAAAUGCGCUUCCGCGACGAUCCCUGGUUGCUCGACAACUUUCAGUCUGCCAUCCUCUCGACUUCAACCUUCACCAACUUGGCAGUCAUGCUCGUUCUCACCAGCAUGCAAAGAUCGGCUUCAUACCCAUUGCGGAUCAACACCGCACUUAUAAUCAACACAUGCACCUUUUCCCUCCUCACCAUAUCGACCGUGUACUUUUUGAAUGUUCCGCCGGGACUUUACUUGGUAUUCGUCCUUGUGACUGUCGCCCUGGCCGCCUGGGCCACUGGCUUGUUGCAGAAUGGUGCUUUCGCCUUCGCCGCUAGCUUUGGAAGACCCGAAUAUACGCAAGCCAUCAUGGCUGGGCAGGGUGUUGCCGGUGUACUCCCCCCAAUAGCACAGAUGGUAUCUGUGCUUGCAUUCUCUGCGCCCGUUGACGACAAGCAUCAGCAGAGCAGGCAGUCAGGGGCCGGAAACGCGGCAUUCAUCUAUUUUCUGACGGCAGUGGUCGUUUCAGCGGCUGCUCUGGUUUCUUUCAUCCCUUUGGUCCGAAGACACAAUGCACUUGUCGAGAUGCGGCUGGCGGAUCAGAUGGCUGCAUCGCAUGCUUCCAUCGAGCAGGCGGAACGCGCUGCGCGCAGGGUUGUUGGACCCGUGACGCUUUUCCGAAAGCUGCAUUUUGUCGCAGGCGCCGUCUUCAUCUGCUUUACGGUGACCAUGUUCUUCCCGGUCUUCACGACCAAGAUCGUCUCGGUGCGGACAGGCAAAGACGUUAGCCCAAUCUUCCAGCCGCAGGCCUUCAUUCCGCUUGCCUUCUUCUUUUGGAACCUAGGCGAUCUCACCGGUCGCGUGGCAACCAUCUUGCCCUUCUCGCUACGCCACCGGCCCGCCGCGCUCUUCGGGCUGGGCGUGGCGCGCGUCUUGUUCCUGCCCCUGUACCUGCUGUGCAACGUCGGCGGCCGGGACGCGGCCGUGAACAGUGAUCUUUUCUACCUGCUGCUCGUUCAGCUGCCGUUCGGACUGACCAACGGCUGGCUGGGUAGCAGUGCCAUGAUGGCGGCGGCCGAGUGGGUCGACGAGCCUGAGCGCGAGGCUGCAGGUGGCUUCAUGUCACUCUCUUUGGUUGCUGGCUUGACGGUGGGAAGCUUACUUAGCUUUACUGCUUCUGGGGUAUAAUGAUAUAGAUAUAGAUAUGUAUGCGUUUAUAAGAUUUUUUCUUCAAAUAAAGGUAUGCUGAGAGCACCAUCUUUCCUUAGAUCGUAUCUGUCCGAGGUUGCUAGAGAUAAUGCACUUGACCUUGA